AUGGGCAUGUUGCGCUCGCGGGAGCCUCACCCCUAUGUAUACCCGCAGAUAUGCCGGGUUGAAGGGAAAUCAAAUACCUCCCGCGGACCAACAGGCCGGAGAGGGAUACUUCGAUAUCUCACCACCGCUGCAGGCUUCUUCGAAAUAGUUGGAGCAGAGUCUACAGCCAGAGCUGUGCGCCUCGGUUUCAACGUACAGAAGGGAAGGCGGCGGAAGAGCCUGAUUAGGGCCAACGGCGGCUCCGACAUG